AUGGACCAGCGUGGAGGAGUUCCGACCGGUCUUCGGUUCGGAGAUAGCGCUGGCGCCUCCCCUGUGUCCGCCAAGACAGACACCUCCACUUUACACUCGAGCAACUUCAUGCCAGUCUCUUUACCCACUGCCGGCAAUGGCGGCGACGACCUGCAGCGCAGCUUCGCCCCGGGUGAGUCGACAAUCAACGACAUGGCGCGCACCAACGCGCUGGCCGACCGCAACACCAUCGUGGACAUGAGUCUGCGGCUCGCGCGCUUCGUGCUGUGCGUGGCAGUGGCACUUAUCUUCGCAUUCGGCUUUGCUCUGCUCACGAGCAACAAGAAGACGCUCACAUACGUGUACGAGAACAAACUGCCAGCCAACGAGACGCUGUCUACCAAGGCCUCGUCCGUCGUGGAGGACUACAACACGCUCUUCGGUUAUAUACUGUUCGCGGGAGGCAAGGUCUUCGAGGUAUUCUGCGAGACGCUCAUCUUCCCCACGCUCGCCACAUAUCUGCACAAUUGUAGUCUGUACCCCGGAGACCAGCCAGCGCGGAUGCACUCAGUUGCCAAGGCACGCUGCAUCUUUUGGGGGCUAAAGACUGUCAUUAUCCUCAUGAACGUCGGAUUUACGAGUGUCUAUCCGGGCAACUUCCUCGACGCCUUGCUGUCUCGGACGAUCUCGCAACCAUGUUGA